AUGUCAGAGGAGGGAAAGAUUGAUCCUGCUCAUCCGUAUUACCUAGGCGCAGGAGAUCAGCCCGGCAAUUUGAUCACUCACCUGGUCUUGAAGGGCGACAACUACUUAGUGUGGUCAAGGGCAAUCACUUUGUCCCUACGACCUCGUAGAAAAUUUGUGUUCGUCGAUGGAACGAUUACAAAACCGACCAAGAAGAAGAAGUUACUCGAUUGGGAGAAGGUGAAUUCGAUGCUUGUCUCGUGGCUGUUACGAUCAUUGGACACCAAACUAGCAGCAACCGUGCCCUAUUUCGAGGAGGUGAAGAAACUUUGGGAUUAUUUAGAACAACGAUUUUGUGAUUCUAAUGGUCCUAGAUUGCAACAAUUGCGAUCACAAAUUACUGAUUGUAAGCAGACAAAAGGAAUGUCUGUUGAAGACUAUUAUACCAAACUCAUGGGUUUGUUUGAUGACCUCACGAGACUCAAACCCCCACAUGGGUGUGAAUGUGGUCGGCCUCUCCUCCUACAGACCUUACUCGUGCUUAUCACACUCUUCUUCAAGAGGAAGCAUCGCGCGGGAUUGCUAGCGGCCAGGCUGCCAAAGGAUGUCAAAGCCGCUCAUGUCUUUGCCUUUAAUACUGCUGCUGCUCGUGGGAAAGUAUAUCCCGAACGCCGGGAUAAAACCAAGCUCUAUUGCUCGCAUUGUAAGAAAACGGGACAUGACAACAAGGGUUGCUUUGUUCUCCAUGGGUAUCCCGAGUGGUGGUACGAGCUGAAACGUCGACGGGAAGCUUCUGCCACUGGUACGACCGCUGCUCGUUCAUCCCCGAAGCCUGCUGCCGCUGCCUCCUCCUCGGCUGCUGGUACUGUUCGUGCCAAUGCUGUGAACACUUCUUCGACAUUAGCAACAUCCGGAGGUGGAGAAAAUUUAUCCUUAGCUGACCUUAAACCCGAGGACAUUCGGGUCUUAUUGAACAUGGUUAAUCAUAAUAAACAGGAUCGUUUGUUAGGUGAGACGUUAUGUUCCUUUUGGAUUAUUGACACGGGUGCUUCCCAUCAUGUUACGGGUAAUGAAUUGUGCUUGAUGGAUGUUUAUCCGAUUCAACCUUGUCCCGUGGGACUUCCUAAUGGUGCUCAAGCCGAGGCUUUAAAGGCGGGGCGUGUUCUUUUAGACGAUAAUGUGACUUUGGAACAUGUUUUAUUGUCCCUACAUUACACUGCAAUUUAA